UUCAGAGGUACGCAUACAGCGCCACUUUCGGUUCGUGCGCGUUCUAGAGAAUGUUGUGCCUAUUUGUACCGGAUUAUGAAGUUCUACGGCUGGAUAUUACCGCAUCCAGAUACAAAUCGAUGUGUUAACCUAAUAUGGGCACUGUUUAUAUUCGGCGUAACAUUGGCUUAUCUGCCAAUUGGUUUCUUUUUGAGUCUUGUUCUGAACUUUAAGAGUUUUACAGCUGGCGCUUUUCUAGGAGUCCUACAAAUAUCUGCAAACACAGUUGGAGCUAUGAUCAAGAGCAUCAUUGGAUUAUUCUGCCUGCAGAGGCUGCAUCAAACGGAAUCGGUGCUGGACAAACUCGAUGAUCGUUUGCAGAACGAUAGCGAUCGACACAAGGUGCACAAGGCUGUGGCCAAAUGCAACUACAUUGUGCUGCUCUAUAGCAUACUUUAUCUGGGAUAUACGGCAUCGGUGUUUGUGGCAGGUGUAUUGACUGGUCAACCGCCGUGGAUGGUUUACUUUCCCCUCUUUGAUUGGCAGAAUGGUGUGGGUCUCUUUUGGUUGCACUCAAUCAUUGAAUACUUUCUGCUCUCUGCCGCUGUGAUGGAGGCACUUGUGUGGGACGUUUAUGCUAUUGUAUUCAUAACAAUUUUUCGCGCUCACAUUGACAUACUAAAGGAUCACAUACGCAACCUGCGCACCGAUCCAAACAAAACUGAAGCUGAAAACUACGAGGAGUUGGUUGUUUGUAUCAUAGAUCACAAAUACAUAUUGAAGUAA